AUGCCAUCUGGAAUUGAAAAGAUUUUUCUGAUAACGACAGUAGCAGAACUCACAGCUGGAAUGUUGGGGAAUGGCUUCAUUGUACUAGUUAACUGCCUUGACUGGGUGAAGAGUCAAAAACUCUCAUCAGCUGACUGUAUCCUCACCUGCCUGGCUGUCUCCAGAAUCAUUCUUCUUUGGAUAACACUAUUUGACUCAUUUGUAAUAAUGUUAUGGCCAAAUCUAUACACCAUUGAUAAGAUACCAAAAUUUUUUGCUGUGUUUUGGGCACUGUCCAAUCACCUAGCUACCUGGUUUGCCACCUGUCUAAGCGUUUUCUACUUCUUCAAAAUAGCCAAUUUCUCCUACCCCUGCUUUACCUGGCUCAGGUGGCGAGUUGGCAGAGUGCUUCUUGUGCUUCAACUGGGGUCUUUGCUUUCACUGUCUUUCAGCAUUACAUUAGCAGGUACCUUAAAUGAUCUCUGGAUGGAGGACUAUAACAUGUACAAAAGAAACUCAACGUGGUCGCCCUUAGUCAGUAAUGCUCUGUAUCUUAACAACUUGAUUGCUUACAGUUUCAUGUACUCAGUUCCCUUUCUUCUGUCCCUGACGUCACUGCUCCUCUUAUUUCUCUCCUUGAUGAGACAUACCAGGAAUCUGCAGCUGACCUCCAGUUCCAGGGACUUCAGCACAGAGGCCCACAGAAAGGCCAUGAAAAUGGUGCUGUCUUUCCUCCUCCUGUUCAUGCUUCACAUUUUUUUCACCCUACUAGCUGGCUGGAUUUUCCAGACACUGGAGAAGCAUUUGGUUAGUUUAUUAAUCAUGUUAACAUCGACUGUUUUCCCUUCAGCCCACUCAUUUGUCCUAAUUUUGGGAAACGGCAAACUGAGACAAACUGGCUUAGGAUUAUUGUGGCAUCUUAGCUGCCACUUGAAAAGGGCAAAACCUUUAGCUUCAUAG